AUGGACAACCAACAGCUUCCAAAAAAAGAGUCUGAACAACAUGAUUCAGUUUCAUCUGCUAAGUCUGGUACUAAUACUUCUUCCCAUGAGAUUCAACCUGAAGGUCAAGGACCAACCGCCACACGCCGCCAAACUUCUCAUACAACAGUCAAAAUUUCAGAUGAUGUUUCAGCUUCAUCUUCGGCAUCUGCACAAAAGAAAGGGUGUUCAUGCUUUCAGGUAGUCUGUAACGUAGUAUAUUAUGUGGAAUAUUUACUUUUUCUACCGAUUGUUGGUGCUUGUUAUCUUUGUGUUGCUGGCCUUGUUGGUGUGAUUUUAGCGGUUAUUUUAGGUCUUCUCAUUUCUUGCUCAGUUAUUGCAGCCACUGCCGCGUUACCACUGUUACUGGUGUCUUUUUUAGUUAUACGGUUAAUUCAAUUCUUUAGGCAUGGUGAUGCCUAUGAUAAAGCCAUUCAACUUAAGCUUUUCAUACGCAGUUGGAUACUCUUAGACAUGGCGGUAUUUCUCGUUGUACUAUGGAUCUUCUUCUCAGCUCCUAAAUAUGUUUCAGGAUUAAAGCAUGUUAUGUUGUUGGGAUUGACAUUAGCAGAUUGGGUAAGACUCUAUUUUGUCAUCUUUGGGAUCUAUUUUUUGAGCUGUUUUGUUACAGUAAUCACCAUUAAUUUAUUACCACUAGUCCUCUUGGGUCAUACUGAAAGUGGCCUUAAAUUACCAGAAACAGUGCUUGAGAUAUUUGAUUCCCUUAUUUUCUGGUGGGCUGAAUCUGAGGUUAUGAAGCGCGUUGCUGCCUUUAGGCACCACAAGAUACUCGGACUGUACACUCAGAAAUGGAUUGAGGUAUCCAUUUUCGUCCUCAUUGCCUACAAUGUCAUUACCUUGUCUACUUAUAUGGUAGUGUGGUUGCUUAGGAAGUUAGUUUGUCAUAAACUGCUUAAACCAGGGAUUAAUACUAAAUCGCCGCAGUAUAUAAUAAUUGAAAAGUUCCUGCGCGGUAGAUAUCUAAUGUAUUGGGCCAAUGGAAUGAAACGCAGCAUCAACUUCAUACUGAGAUCGUUGCUGGUAUUACUCACUUGGGUGUUUUAUUUUGGGUCCCAUCUAAACAAAACACCCCAGGCCAAAAACAUUUUGGAUUUCGGAACCUGGACUUGUCUAGGUGUUUUAAUUUGCUCCUUUCUUUGGCUGAUCAAAACUUGUGUCUUGCUAUCAUGGGAGGCUUGUUCAGUGUAUAACAGAUUGAGUUCUAAAAUCUUAGAAGGAGGUAAGCAGUUGUACUUCCUUGGCAUCAUAGGUCGCCACAACUACGACAUCUUAAACCUUCUGUAUGAGUGCAAAGAAGAUGAAGCUUCAAGGACCUAUGACACGGAUGACCAGACAUCAACCAAGUUUAUCUCACAUCUAUUUAAAACCUUGUUUCUUACUGGGGUAAUGACUCCAUUUGCUCGUUACCUAAGUAAAUUGGGGGCCGUGGAUGAGUGGGGAGAUAAACCAGUCAAUGUGAAGAAAUUGUUGAGAAAGCAGCGGAAAAGAGUCGAGCAUGACUUGUUAAUGCAGGAGGGGAGAAUUCCUACUCUAUAUUGCAUACAGCAAGUUGCUAGUUAUAUUUUGACAGCUAAACAGACGUUGUUAGAGGAGAAGUAUACGUGUGACAUCCUCGAAAUUUUGAAGAGCCAUAGUCAAGAUGAUGAUAACAGGAGUAUAAAAGAAAAUUUGAAGAGGCUUAUUCUAGGUGAAAACUAUACGGAUGAUGAAACCGUAAAUUCAUCCGAGGAAACUCCUGAAGGAAAGAAUGAUUGGAGCUAUUUUGAAGAUCAACUGCAAGAAUAUGUGGGUUCCUCUCAAGAAAUAUCACUUGAAAAAGUUCGAAUAUGGAUGGAGAGGGCGCGCAAGAAUUGUUUGCUGCUUGCAAAUACAUUAAGCAGUGCCAAGGAGGUUGUGGACUGUUUAAACAAAAUAAUUAGCUGGCUUCUAAUUGUUGCAACUUUCAUAAUGUGGUUACUUUUGACUGGGUUAGCUAGCACAAAAGUACUAGUGCUCAUAGCAUCACCGUUGCUAGCUGCAACUUUCAUAUUUGGAGAUGCUUGCAAGACCCUAUUUCAAGGGAUCAUGUUUGCUUACGUGGUACAUCCUUUUGAUGUUGGUGAUUUAUGUGUCAUUGACGGAAACAUGAUAGAGGUUAAAACAAUUGGAGUUUGGAAAACAACUUUCUUAAAAGUUGGUCUGCAAGAGGAAGUGAUGUAUCCAAAUUCAGAGCUAUCCAGCAAAAACAUAAUCAACUACAAGACUGAUUUUGAUUGGAAUGAUUAUGUAGAGCUUGAUGUAGCGUCUUUGGGUGAGCGAAAAAUCAAAAUCUUGAAACAAGAAAUUGAAAAAUACCUUGAUGAUGGAGAGAAGGAUAUAUUCACAGCAGGUUAUAAUUGUGUGGAAGUAUUAACAACUGCAGAAAACAUAAAAAUAGCUAUUAAUUUUAGACACAAUGUGAAAGUUAAGAAUAGCACCUACUUUGAAUGCCUCCGGGAAAAGCGCAAGCGACGAUCAGAGUUCGUUCUCCAUGCACAGAGCCUUGUAUAUCACAUGAAAAAUGGAACACCAGAAGCUUCAGAAAAACACGAGGAACAGGUAAAAGCUAAAAAUGGCAGCUUGAUGAGUCUUCUUAAUUCAGGCGGUAAUGAUACUUUUGUAGCAGGACAGGUAGAGGGUGUUUAUGGUGGAUAAAUGAUUCAGUAAUCAUACUUGACAGUGUACUUUGUAAUUUUGUGCAAUUUUGUAGUAUGAGAAGCUUGUUGAUAAAUCAUUAGUGCUAACCUUGGAUCUUAGUAA